AUGUACCCCACGCCCGAGAUAGUCGGGAGUGAGCGGUGCUCCGAGGAAUUAAUAGCUGCGGAGAAGGGCUGGCUCGACAUGAACUGGGAGCCGGAAAUUAGUCAUGUGGUGGUCGAUCAGGAAAACGAGAGGUUUGAUGUCUUUAUUAGAGUCGAAGGGAUGCUUCCGAAGCAAGAACUUUCUUUGGACAGAUCUUUCCAGGAAAAGUUGGUGAUAGCGAGAGAUCCGCCUAUGGUGGAUGAGAAUGGUGUGGCCAUAGAGCCACCGAAACAUGGCAGAGGCAGGAGGAUAAAGACUAUGGAAGUCAACGAAACGCAAAUUAUCAAAACCAAGCUCUCAUCUCCUUCUGCUGGAAAGAAGGUCAAGCGGAGGGCCAACGCAGAACCCACCAUGACUUUCCAUACCAAGGCGGCCACUGAUGACAUCUAUGAGCUAUUUAACCAGCCACUUCAGUCGGAGGAGGUGUCGGAAGAGGAGGAGUCAGAAAGCGAAAGUGAUGACGAUGAGACGGAUGGCGAAUACACGACUGAGGCUGAGAGCACCGGCACCGGAAGGCUUGUGACUACGAGUGAAGCUGUUGAUGACGAGACUACAUAUACCAAGAGCGAGGUUGCUGCAGAAGACACAUCAGAUGCCAAGAGUGUGAGUGAAUGGUCGGAGUUUACGGCUAGAAAACAUAUUCCUGGCAUGGAAGACGAGGAUGACGAUGAUGAUGAUACACGAGCAUCUCAUCUCUCCGAGGACGACCACGACGAUUCCAUUGUCGAGUCUAGCCAAGACCAUGACGAUGCCAUUCUUGAGUCCAGUGCUAUUCUCGAAUCCAGUCGAGAAGCUGACUCGACGUCUCAUGACGACGAGGAUGAAGUUGAUGAGCAAGAAGAGGUCUCUACGCCCAUAUCCCCAGAGCAUCCGGAGUCAGCCGUCCGGACAAUGUUCGUCCCUAUACCUCCGGAAGACUAUGUAGCACCCACACGACCAUUCCGCGAUGCAUCUCAGGUAUCUCAAAACCGAUUGCCUUUCAUGACUCCCAUCGCCGAGAAGACUGAGUCAUCUCUCAGUGCCUUCACGGCACGUGCUGAGAAGGAAGAGUUUAUCUCCAAAACUCCGUCUAAAGCGAAUGGGCAACAAGCGUCAUCCAUCUUCCGCAGCAACGAUAGGCUCGAUUCCAGUCCGUUCCAGGAGGUUAUUGAUGAGCCAUUGCCUCUCACUGAGAAAAUUCCGCCUCCGGCUCUUGGUGUCGUAACCAAAAAUAAGGCGCUGCCAUCAACCAAGCCAGCUACAAAUGGAGCCGCUUUCUCAAGGGACAUCGCGACGAAGGGUCCCAUAAUCCAAGACCAACAAUGUAACCCGGUCGAUGACUAUACACGAACCCAAAUAUUCGCGGCCCUGCAACCUCCGUUGACGACGUACGAGGGCUACUAUGACCACUCAACUGAGGCGCACGGCAAAUCCGCAGAGCUAAAGAAGUUCGCCAAAGCAGUGGCCAAAAUGAAGAAGAACACCAGCGAAAAGACCACCACAAACAUCGCCAUGCCCCCCAUGCUACGCUUUCCCGGCGUAGAAAGAGAGUACAUGGUCAAGCGCGAGUUAGGCGCCGGCGCCUUCGCACCCGUCUACCUCAUCGAAACCGUCACCGACUCCGACGAUACCACCAAGACCAACGAAAACGGCGCCAUCAUGGGCCGCGGCGCCUUCUCCCUCCACCACCGCCAACCCCUCGAGGCGCUCAAAAUGGAAGACCCUCCCACCGCCUGGGAAUUCUACAUCAUGCGGCAAGCCUCGCGCCGCCUCGGCGUCUCGCGUGCAGCCGACUCUCUCAUCCACGCGCACGAGUUCCACCUCUACCGCGACGAAUGCUACCUCAUCGAAACCUACCGCGACCAAGGCACGCUCCUCGACCUGGUCAACAUCGCGCGCGCAGACAGCCAGCAGGCAGGCGGCGUGAUGGACGAGCUCCUCGCCAUGUUCUUCGCCAUCGAACUCCUCCGCACUGUCGAGGCGCUGCACAAAGCCGGGAUCCUGCACGGCGAUCUCAAGGCGGACAAUGUGCUCGUGCGGCUCGGCGCGGGGGGGGUAGGCUGGAGCACGCAGUACGCUGCUGAUGGUUCGGCGGGGUGGGCGGAGCAGGGGGUUGCGCUGAUUGAUUUCGGGAGGGGCGUGGAUAUAAAGGUGUUUCGGCCUGAUGUGCAGUUUAUCGCGGACUGGAAGACGGGACCGCAGGACUGCGCGGAGAUGCGCGAGCUGAGGCCGUGGACGUUCCAGAUUGACUAUCAUGGCUUGGCGGGGAUAUUGCAUAGUAUGCUGUUUGGGCGGUAUAUGGAGACGGUUGCGGAUGCGCGGGCGGCGCUGCCGGGGCAGGGGGCGGGGAAGAGAUGGAGGUGUAGGGAGGGGAUGAAGAGGUAUUGGCAGGGUGAGAUUUGGGGGGAUUGCUUUGAUUUGCUUUUGAAUCCGACGGCGCAUGUGGAGGGGGAGGAGGGGGGGAGGAUGCCGGUGCUGAGGGGGUUGAGGGGGGUGAGGGAGAGGAUGGAGGGGUGGGUGGGGGAGAAUUGUGAGAGGGGCGUUGGGUUGCAGAGUAUGUUGAGGAAGUUGGAGAAUAGUAUCCAGGGUAGGAAGUAGGGGGUGUGUGUGUGUACGUGUGUGGAGUUUUGGCUGGAGAUACCCUGGGUGCAUGGAGAUGGAGUUGUGGCGUUUGAAGAGGUAUUGGGGAUGAUAUUAUGAGUUAUUGUGGCAUUUUCUAUAAUGAGAACGAGUUCAACA